GCCCGAUCCCUAUAAUCACACAUGUGAGCUAUAGCGGUGUGCGCCCUGUCAGGGACCAGCCCCGCUAGUAGUGACUGUUCGGUUACCCAUCAGUGACGGCCGGCAGCAUGUCUAAGAAAAGAGGUCUUAGUGUCGAUGAGAAAAGGACAAAGAUGAUGGAAAUAUUCUUUGAAACAAAAGAUGUAUUCCAGCUCAAGGACCUGGAGAAAAUCGCUCCAAAGCAGAAAGGAAUCACUUCCAUGUCAGUAAAGGAUGUCCUGCAAAGUCUGGUGGAUGAUGGAAUGGUCGAUUCAGAGCGCAUCGGAACUUCCAAUUAUUUUUGGGCCUUUCCCAGUAAGGCGCUUCAUGCACGGAAACGAAAACUGGAGACGUUAGAAAGCCAGUUUUCGGAAGCAAGUCAGAAGAAAAAGCAGCUGGAGCAAAGUGUUCAGAAGGCUAAAGUUGGACGCCAAGAUACGGAAGAGCGGACAAAGCUGGCUGAGGAGCUCGCGUCAUUGAGGCAGCAAAGGCAGCAACUAGCGACAGAGCUGGAAAAAUACAAGGAAUGUGAUCCAGAUGUUAUAGACGAAAUUCGUAAAUCAAAUAAAGUAGCUAAAGAAGCAAUUAAUAGAUGGACUGAUAACGUAUUUUCUGUAAAGUCUUGGGCCAAGAAGAAGUUUGGGUUUGAAGAAAGCAAGAUUGACAAGACAUUUGGAAUACCGGAAGAAUUUGAUUACAUUGAUUGAAUUAAUUUUCUAAUGCGUGAACGUUCUUGGUUGGGUUUGGAAACAUUGAUGUAUAUUGUGUUUUGUUUUUUUUCCCUCUUUGGGGGUUUUUCAGAGCAUCCAGAGUUCUGCGUAAUUAAUAUGUAAAUUGUUUCAAAUAAAACCACAGAUAAGUGAGCAAUAUUAGUUUAAAUGGAAUUUAAUAGUCACCACUUCUUGGACUGUAUAGAUCACUUUACUACAGUUAUCUGCUUAUCAUUACAGGCAGGAUUAGAAUGACAGUUUCUAUAGAUACAGGAUCCACCAUUCACAAUAGAUGAUGUCACAGCUUAUCUACUCCUUCUUGACCUCUGAACAGGUCACAGAGCAUGCCUAGAAACCUUUCCCAUAGAAGUCAACGGGGUCCCCUCCUGUCCAUUGUGUCUACGGUUCAUGUGGCUACCAUAAACAAUAUCUGUAAAUGCUGUUAAGAACAGCUCAGGCAUGAUGGCUGUCGCCAUAACCAUGUUCAGGAAACAAUGAAAAAAAAUGCAAUAAGAAAAUAAAAACAGAAUAAAAAGAGGAUGUGUCUGGUUUUAGCUGGCAGAAAAAUUUGGGUGACCCAUUCCCUUUAACCCCUUCCCGACCAGUGCCGUAAUAGUAUGGCGCGGCAGGACGUGACUUGCCACCCAGAGCCGUACUA